UCCAUUCUUACUAAUUAAAAUUAAAAAUGACACAUCUCAUCUUUUCUUAAAUUUCUAAGAAUAUUAAACUGCAGCUAAAUAACAGCUAUUUUAUUUUUCACUAUUUAUCUGUAGAACAUCCGUGAGAUCCUCAGUGCCUCCCCUGAAGGUAGACCUGUGGUUAUCAGUCUUGAUGGAAAUCAGCAUAUAUCCAUUCGUGAAAGACGGUGCAUGGUCAGAACACUUGUGUCACACCUGAUGGAUCAAUAUGGAGAAAACCCAUCUUCAGACACUAAAGCAAUUCUGGCAUCUUCGAUUGUGGACCAGUUUCCAUGUUUAAGAGACAGCCAUGGCACAGGAUAUGAUGCCUGGUUUACCCGCGGAAGACAACACAGGCCAGCAACUGGCUUUCUGGAGGAGCGUUUCCGUAAUGUAAGGAAAAGGCAUCAACCAAGGAAGAAGAUGCUUUCAGCCCCAGAAGCUCCACCAAAAAGAUCAAGUUUGCCUGAACCAACCAUCAGUGCUGAGCGUGCCAUCCAGAUGACAGAAUGGCUAAAAAAUAACUUCUGGCCCGCAGACCAGGUUGUCCAAUACAUGCGGGAAACUGCAGUAUAUCGCGCAGGAUGGAUCCGCUCAAGUGGGACAAUCCCAAUGCAGCAGAUUUUUGCAGAGUUCCCACGUUUGUUGGACACACCAGGGAUGGUCAUUCGCAUGGGGAAGAAGGAGGAGAGCGGUCUUCUGCCUGAGAUUGAGUUGCUUCCACAAGACAAACAAGGUGACGUGGCACUGCAGCUGCUGCCAAAACUCCUCCCUGCUGUUCCCUACAGAGUUGGGCGAAAGGUGGUCAGACCCAGCAACCUAGAAGUCCAGCAAGCCUUCAUUGAUGUCCAGCCAAUUGGGACAAAUAUGGUGGAAUAUCUUGGAAGUACAGCAACAGAGCAUCCACGUGUUCUCAUGAUUGGGGACAGAUAUUGUUGUUCCCAAGCAUUUGUCGUCAUAAAUGGAACUGCUUUGGAAUAUCCAUCUCUUUUGGGGGCCGUUGACGGCUGUUUCAAAUCAUUCUUCGUUUUUGAUGUGAGUUAUCCGAAGUCGUGUAUCCAGACUUGGGAUUUUCUCCAAACUGUGAUAUAUGAAAUCCCAGGAAACGAGUCACCCCCGAUAAAAUUAAUGAGGGCACAGUUGGAGGCCAUGGAAGAAUAAAUGCAAUUCUUCAAUAACCCUUAAAUAAGUUUUAAAUGUUCUGAUUGAAAAACCUUCUUUGUUACUAUGUUAUUAUUUUUUUUUUACAUUUCCUUCAAACUCUUUUGAUGAAAAUAUUUUGUUGUGUACACCAAUAAAGUAAAAAAGGGUGCAGAUUUAAUCAAUUGUUUAUAUGUAACUUUUACAUGUCUGUAUUAAAAAUUUCAUGUAUGUUGGAAUGUAUAACAUUUGCAAAUAAAAGUUCUUUUGAGCUAA